UCCGCCUUCUCCUCCACCUCCGCUUCCUCAUCGCCCGUCACCAAAUAUAAAGGAAGGGGAGGAGGUUUGAUUCCCGGUCCUUCUAUUCCGUCCCACAUUUCGCCAUGGAAGCCCUCGCGGAGCUCUGCGACCUCGUGGCGCAGAACCCCGACCUGUUCGCCGACAAGCUUUCUUGGAUCUGUUCCCGCUGCCCCCCCUCCCUCAACCGGUCCACUCCCGGCGGCGCCUCCGCGGUCCCUCCUCGCGUAUCUCGCUCCCAGCUCCACGCCCUCGUCGCCCUCGUCCGUCUCCUCUCACGGUGCGCCACCGCCCCCGCCUCUGCCCGUGCUCCCCUCCUCGACUUCCUCCGCGUCGCCCCGUCCGUCGCUUUCCGCCCCUCCUUCUGGCCCCAGGCCUUCUCCUUCGACCAGAUCUCCCUCUUCUUCUCCGACCUCCUCCGGUACACAGCCCAGGCUGCCGACCUCUCACCCGACCUCUCCGCCGACCUCUCCGCCUUCUUUGGUGGAACCGUCGUUGCCGUUGUCUCCAUCCUCAGCGGUGGCGGCGACGGAGACCCGGCCAUCGCCCGCACCUUCCUCGUCGCCAUCUCCAGGAGCUGCCCCCCGAUCGGUCCCGCCGAGUCUGAGCGGCUCGUCGGAUGCCUCCUCGACCAAUUCGCCUCCCGCGGGGCCGAAGAGGCUACAUCUGUUUCCUCACUCUCCGAGAACUCGUCGUCUUGGAGCUCCUCAGUGCAGAGCACGCCGUCGAAGGGGAAGACUAAAGACGAAGAUCGGGAGACCGCUGACGACGCUGCGAGCGAGGUCUCCUCUGUGACUCCUAUGGGGAAUGGGAUCUCGGGUGGCAUUGCAGGGAGCGGUGCAGAUCAAUUAAUAUCCAAUGAGGGGCCGGGAGUGGUGAGGCAGGACAUGGUGGUGUUUGAGGAGGAGACCGUGGACAGGUUAGAGAAGCAGGAGAUCGCAUUCAGGUUAUUUGGACAGAUGAUGGAUAGAAACGGGGCGAUCAACUCCGAGCAUUUAGAGCAGGUUAGAAAGGUGGCCACGAAACAGAUCAAGUCUUUGCCAGCAUUUCUAAAGGUUCGAAAACGUGACUGGAGAGAACAGGGUCCACAGCUGAAAGUUAGAAUAAAUACAAAGUUGUCCUGUUGUCAAGCAGCAAUAGUAGUGCAGAUUAAGAGCCUCAUCUCUCUAGAUUCAGAUGGGAAAUCUUCCAAAGAUCUAUUGCGUCGAACACUUGCCUUACUCCUGGAUGCUGCAGAAGCUUGCAUAGUCUCUUUAUGGCGAAAAUUGAAAAAAUGUGAGGAGCUGUUCAGCACAUUACUCAGUGGAAUUAGCCAAAUAGCUGUGUCUCGUGGGGGCCAGCUGUUGAGAGUGUUGCUCAUUCCCCUGAAGCCACUUGUCCUGACCACCUGUGCUCAGGCUGAUAUGUCAGGAAACAAUCAGGGAACUAUGUUUGAGACUGUCACAAAGCUAUGUUGUGAAAUAAUUGAGUUUGGAUGGAGCAAAGAUAGGGCUCUUGUUGACACUUUUAUCAUGGGUUUAGCUUCAUGCAUUCGGGAAAGGAAUGACUAUGAGGAGCAGGAUGGGAAAGAAAAACAGGCUGUUCCUGUUGUCCAGCUGAAUGUCAUAUGUCUCCUUGCUGACUUGAGCUCGUCAGCGAAUAAGUGGGAAAUCGUAGACAUGAUUUUGCCCCUCUUCAUUGAGAGUCUUGAAGAGGGAGAUGCUUCCACUCCAAGUUUAUUACGUCUCCGACUAUUAGAUGCCGUAUCUCGCAUAGCUUGUUUGGGUUUUGAGAAGUCCUAUCGUGAGACGGUAGUUUUAAUGACUAGAAGCUAUUUGGAUAAACUCAAGAAUAUUGGAUUGACAGAAAACAAAACACUGCCCUCAGAAGCUACUACGGAGCGAGUAGAGACACUUCCUGCAGGGUUUCUUCUGGUUGCCUCUCGUCUUACCGCCGCAAAACUAAGGUCUGACUACCGCCAUAGGCUAUUAUCUUUAUGCUCUGAUGUGGGACUAGCUGCUGAAUCACAAAGUGGAAGGAGUGGUGCCGAUUUCUUAGGGCCAUUACUGCCUGCAAUUGCAGAAAUCUGCUCUGACUUUGAUCCUGCAGCCAAUGUUGAGCCUUCUCUAUUAAAGCUAUUUCGAAACCUAUGGUUCUAUAUUGUUUUGUUUGGCUUAGCACCUCCGAUUCAACAAAAUCAGAUCCAAACAAAGCCAGUAUCAACAUCGUUAAAUACUGUGGGAAGUGUUAGCACCAUACCUCUUCAAGCUGUGGCUGGGCCAUACAUGUGGAAUGAGGAAUGGUCUAUGGCUGUCCGACGCAUUGCAAAAGGAACACCACCUCUGGUUGUUAGUUCAGUGAAAUGGCUUGAAGAUGAAUUGGAGCUAAAUGCACUUCACAACCCUGGAAGUCGUCGUGGCAGUGGUAACGAGAAAGCUGCUGUUGCUCAGAGAGCUGCCCUUUCUGCUGCAUUAGGAGGACGAGUUGAGGUAGCAGCAAUGGGCACAAUUUCAGGUGUUAAGGCAACAUAUCUUCUUGCAGUAGCUUUUUUGGAGAUAAUACGGUUUAGUUGUAAUGGUGGCUUACUCUCUGCUGACCCCUCUUCGACUACAUCAAAAAGUGCGUUCAGUUGUGUGUUUGAGUAUCUACUUACUCCAAACUUGAUGCCUGCCGUGUUUCAAUGCUUGACUGCAAUCGUGCAUAGGGCUUUUGAAGCAGCAGUAUCAUGGCUGGAGGAAAAAAUAUCUGAUAUAGGACAAGAGGCUGAAAUAAGGGAAUCGGUUCUUUCUGCUCAUGCGUGCUAUCUCAUAAAGAAUUUGUCACAAAGGGAUGAACAUGUCCGUGAUAUUAGUGUUAAUUUGUUAACUCAGCUGAGAGAAAAGUUUCCACAGGUAUUAUGGAACUCUUUGUGCUUGGAUUCACUUCUUUUUUCAGGUCAUAAUGAAUUACCAUCUAUUCAAGUACAUGAUCCUGCUUGGCUUGCCACAAUUCGCUCUUUAUACCAAAAAAUUGCUCGAGAAUGGAUCACUACUGCUCUUUCUUAUGCUCCAUGCACUACACAGGGUCUUCUACAGGAAAACCUAUGCAAGCCGAAUGCUUUGCAGAGGACACAACAUGCAUCAGAUGUGGUUUCCCUUUUGUCUGAAAUACGUAUCUGUACAGGGAAGAACGAUUCUUGGACUGGCAUUAGGACGGCAAAUACUCCAGCGGUUAUAUAUUCUGCAGCAGCAGCAUCAGGAGCCAAAAAGGAAGUAUCGGAUGGUUUUAUUCUGGAAGUUCUUUCAACUGCUGUUGUGAGUGCGACAGUUAAGUGCAACCAUGCUGGGGAGAUUGCUGGUAUGAAAAGGCUAUAUGAGAGUAUUGGGGGUUUUCAGAUGGGCAUGUCUCCAGGAAGUCUGGGACUUGGUCUUGGUCAACCCAUGAAUGUAGGGUUACCCUCUCCGCAAUUAAAUCUUAAAAAGGAAUCAUUCAGCGAAAUUCUUCUUUCGAAGUUUGUUCAUCUGCUUCAGCAAUUUGUUGGUACUGCUGAGAAAGGAUUAGUGAUGGAUAAGACAUUAUUUCGUGAAACAUGCUCUCAGGCAACUGCAUUACUUCUGUCAUACUUGGAUGCUGAGUCUAAAUUGAACAUGGAAGGAUUUUCACAACUAUUACGGCUUCUUUGCUGGUGUCCUGCUUACAUCUCUACACCAGAUGCGAUGGAGACUGGAAUAUUUAUCUGGACAUGGCUGGUUUCUGCUGCACCUUCGCUGGGAUCUCUUGUCCUCGCAGAGCUUGUUGAUGCCUGGCUGUGGACAAUAGAUACAAAACGUGGAUUGUUUGCAUCAGAGAUGAGAAAUUCUGGUCCUGCUGCAAAAUUGAGGCCGCAUCUUGUUCCUGGUGAGCCUGAAGCACCAGAAGAAAAAGAUCCUGUAGAAGGGCUAAUUGCGCAUAGGCUCUGGCUUGGUUUCUUCAUUGACCGUUUUGAGGUUGUUCGACAUGACAGUAUGGAGCAACUUCUGCUUCUAGGCCGAAUGUUGCAAGGGACAAUGAAAUCUCCUUCACAUUUUUCUCACCAUCCUGCUGCUGCUGGCACCUUCUUCACAGCAAUGCUUCUUGGAUUGAAGUUCUGCUCAUGCCAGUCACAGAAAAAUUUGCAGAAUUCCAAGAUGGGCCUUCAAUUGUUGGAGGAUAGGGUUUUCCGUGCAUCCUUGAGCUGGUUUGCUUAUGGGCCUGAGUGGUAUGAAACAAAUAGUAAGAGUUUUGCUCAAAGUGAAGCCCAAUCUGUUUCAUUAUUUGUCCAUCAUCUUUUGAACGAAUGCGUGGAUAGCAUUCCAACUGAUUCAUCAUUGAAAGGACGAGGACGUGAGAAUGAAUUGUUGAAUAUGACGGAACUAUCCCAUCCUGUAUGGGGACAUAUGGAUAACUAUGCUACUGGGCGAGAAAAGCGCAAACAGUUGCUUCUUAUGCUUUGCCAGCAUGAAUGUGACAGGCUUGAAGUCUGGGCGCAACCCUUAAAUAUGAAAGACAACAUAUCUCGUCCUAAAAUUGGCUCAGAUAAAUGGAUUGAGCAUGUAAGAACUGCAUUUUCUGUGGAUCCCCGCAUUGCUUUCUCCUUGACAUUGAGGUUCCCUACAAAUUCACAUGUGAUGUCUGAAGUAACUCAGUUGGUACAAGUGCACAUAUCAGAGAUUCGUACUAUACCUGAAGCAUUACCAUUUUUUGUCACUCCAAAGGCAAUCGAAGAGAACUCAGUAUUGCUGCAGCAAUUACCACAUUGGGCUUCUUGUUCCAUCACUCAGGCUCUUGAAUUUUUCAGUCCUCCAUAUAAGGGCCAUCCACGUGUGAUGGCUUAUGCCAUGAGAGUUCUAGAGUCCUAUCCACCGGAACGUGUGACAUUUUUCAUGCCACAGCUGGUACAAGCUCUACGAUAUGAUGAAGGGAGGUUAGUUGAAAGCUAUUUGCUUCGAGCUACUCAAAGAAGUAACAUAUUUGCUCAUAUCUUGAUAUGGCAUCUUCAGGGUGAGUCAUGUUCGCAAGAAUCUGGAAAAGAUGUUGAUGUGGUCAAGAGUAAUUCCUUUCAAGCAAUACUUCCUGUCGUCAGACAGAAAAUUAUUGAUGGUUUCACCUCUGAGGCCCUUGACAUGUUUCGGAGAGAGUUUGACUUUUUUGACAAAGUCACAUCUAUUUCUGGUGUUCUCUUUCCACUACCAAAGGAGGAACGCAGAGCUGGUAUCAGAAGAGAGCUGGAGAAAAUUAGUAUUGAUGGUGAUGAUCUCUAUUUACCUACUGCUCCAAAUAAAAUUGUUCGGGGCAUUCAGUUGGAUAGUGGGAUUCCCCUUCAAUCAGCAGCAAAAGUUCCUAUAAUGAUUACAUUUAAUGUUGUUGAUAAAGAUGGGGAUCCUAAUGAUGUAAUGCCACAGGCCUGUAUUUUUAAGGUUGGAGAUGAUUGCCGACAAGAUGUUCUUGCGCUUCAAGUGAUUUCUUUGCUUAGGGAUGUAUUUGAAGCAGUUGGGUUAAACCUGUAUCUGUUUCCUUAUGGUGUUCUGCCAACUGAUUAUGAGAGGGGCAUAAUUGAGGUUGUUCCUAAUACACGGAGUAGAAACCAAAUGGGGGAGACUACUGACGGUGGUUUAUAUGAGAUUUUUCAACAAGAUUAUGGACCUGUAGGUUCUCCCACUUUUGAGGCUGCACGUGAAAUGUUUAUGAUCAGCAGUGCUGGCUAUGCUGUUGCCAGCCUCCUACUUCAACCAAAGGAUCGACAUAAUGGCAAUCUUCUCUUUGACAACAAGGGAAGGCUUGUUCACAUAGAUUUUGGGUUUAUAUUAGAAACGUCGCCAGGUAACAAUAUGAGAUUCGAAAGUGCUCAGUUCAAACUGAGUCACGAGAUGACUCAACUGCUUGACCCUUCUGGGUCAAUGAAGAGUGAUACCUGGAGCCAGUUUGUCAGCUUGUGUGUGAAAGGAUACCUUGCUGCACGGCGGCAUAUGCAUGGAAUUGUUACGACCGUACUUUUGAUGGUAGACAGUGGUCUACCAUGCUUCAGCAGGGGAGACCCCAUAGGAAACCUGAGGAAGAGAUUUCACCCCGAGAUGAGUGAGCGCGAAGCUGCAAACUUCAUGAUAAGGACAUGCAACGAUGCCUACAACAAGUGGACCACUGCAGGCUAUGACUUGAUUCAGUAUUUGCAGCAAGGAAUUGAAAAGUAGAUCCAACCAAUACCAUGCAUGCAUUGUAAUGUUCCACAGGUCAGUUUUCUUGUUAGUAACGUAAGAGUAGCAUAAACCAGUCGGGAAAAUUCAUGGUUUCUUGAGGCUGCAAGCAUUCGUGAAAUUCAUGUCAUGGUCUGUUCAGGUGGGUGUCGAGGUAUCAAUGAGUGCUUAUUUUUGUGCUUGCGAGGCAGUGUAACUUGCUGAAGUCAGAGGAAGAACAUUGUAACAUAUUUAUGUCAUAAGGAUCAUGAAGACAAUAGUGCAAGAAAAGAAUUCUGGUUUGUCCUUGCAAAUGUUGUGGCUUCACAAAAUCUCACAUUAUCAUUACAUAAAGAGAAUGCCUUCACAGUAACAAUA